AUGAGCUCAAGUAGCUCAAAAGAAACUGCGAGGAAACUUGUACAGAGAAGUCAGCCGCCGGGCGUUCAGAAGAACCACCGAAGAAAUGACCAAGCGCGCGAACUUUAUUUCCAACCUCAACCUGGACCUUCUCAUCCCAAACCAGGUUCUACAAGUAUAAAAAUCUCGCUAUCAAAAUCGCUUUUAGAUUCACAAAACCUUCACAGUGAUGUUGAAGACGACGAGGAAAGUUAUAUUCGAGACGAAGAGGUUGGUUGUUUUUAAUGAAAAAUUCAAACAUUAGGCUUAUCAAUUUCUUUUAUUUUUCAAGCAAUGGGAUAUUUUUCAAUAAAGUGCUCAAAGUAAUUUCGUCUUAGUUGAAAACUCAAUGAUUCUAAGUAUCUUCAAGUAGUGAAUUAAUUAAUUAUACGACAAUCCGCGAAAUAAAAUCGAAAGCACCAUAAAUGUAAAGCUUUUUCAUUGAUUAUAUGCUCAGGAUCAACGAAAUUUUUAACAUACAAAUAUCAACGGUCUUCAAUGAUUAGAGAAGCAAUUUUGAUUUUUAAGAGCCAGAAGUUUCCGUUUUCAUUUUUCUUUUCUUUUUUUUUUCAUUAAAAUAAACUCUUUUCCAGAUUUUAUUCAGUUUAGAAUUUUCAAUUUUUCAUGAUUCAGAACACAGUCGAUGUAGAUGAUGCCAUCACGAUUCUUCUUUCUUCGCUUCAGUUGGAAUAUAAUCGGAGAAGGUUUGAAACUUUUCGUUCAUCUUUUCUAGACAGCUUCUGCAGAAAGGCAACGGACCUCGAUGACGCUGAACUGCGUAAAGUACACGAUAAAAUAGAAUCGGUUAUAUCAAGAGAAGCCGACGACGUCAGGUAACUUGUCAAAAACUGAACAUUUUUUGAAAAAAUUCACGACUUUGAGGGUGGUACUUGUCAGCUUUUUUUCUCUCCAAUUUAUUGAGGGAUUUUUGUCUGAUCGAGCAAUUUGCACUCUAUAGUUUGAAACUGAAUAUUCGAAAAAAAAAAAAUACAAACGAAGGAGAAUAUUUAAAUUUUGAAGAAAAACGGAAGCAGAAUAGAAUAUGUUGUUUUAAAUGUAACUUCCAUUUUUUUUUUCAGGAGAAGGCGUUUAAAAAGAGCGUUCCACACGUCAAAUUGCGUCCGUGAGCAGGUGAAGAAAACUCAAAAAGCCUCUGAUUUUAUUCGAAAAUUUUUGAGAUUUACUAUUUGCGGCGAAUUCCUCCCAGUCCCUCGCCCACAUAUGUCCAUCGGCUGGCAAACGCUCUAGACACCAUAGUCAAGGAAUCAUUUGACGAGGAAUAUCGCAAAGUCGCAACCGUCCUCGGUUUUUUUUUUUCAAAUUUCAUUCCAAUGAAUCUCGGGUGUUCCAGGGCUCGUCGAGGCACUCGCAGAAGCUCUUAUUCUCGAACUGCACGUUUUUGGCGUUCCGACUGUUAACCAGAACGAGCAUCGGUGUAUUAGAAAAUACAUUGCAAAUGCUCUCACGAAUUUGACUUUUGGGCAGGUUUGUUCCCUACAGUAAAAUUUCCAUUCAUAGGCAAAGUCGGAAUGGGUGGGAAAAGGCUCCAUAGAAAUUUUCCUUUACGGGUGAGAAAGGUUCCUUUUUUGCUACCUUUUUUGCACCAUUUUAGCUGCCUCUCCCUUUUUCUAAUAUUUCUUGAGCCCUUAAAAUCCCAGAAAAAAUGGAAGGGACUCUUUUUGCUGCCUUUCUGCACCCUUUUUCGAACCUCUCCCAUCUAGCGGCCAUUAUCCGCCAUUCCGACUUUGCCCCAGUUUUCUCCCCGUGUUUUCAAGUUUUGAUUUAUUUCGAAAAAAAUGAAAAGGGCCUGAGGCAUGUUCAAUCUAAUAAAUCAUUAUCAGUCGAUUUUUCGAAUAAAAAUUAGUUCAAACAGCGGUAAGAAACUGGAUUCAGACAUUCGCUCGUAGAACGUCAGAUCCUAGGAGGAUAGCAAGAGUAAAAAAAAAAAUGAAACUUUAGCCGAAGUUUUUCUAGAAUCACUCCUCUCAAUGCUGUUUGCAAAAGAAACUUCAAAAAAAGGUUUGCAGAUUCACUCGAAACGAAAGCUUUGCUUAUACACUGAAUUCAUGCGCACCAUCAUAAGAAUCAUCCUGGAAGCCCCCAAUUUGGCUCAGGUCAGUUGAAGGGACUUGAUCCUGUAGGCUUUGGGUUGAAGGUGUACGCUGGCCUGGUGCGAAACUUGAGUUGGAUGGCCGACGACGAGAUGACCUCAGCACUCCGGCCGACGGUCCGCGCCUUGGCCGUCGCUGCCGUCAACGCCCACGCUGUCAACGACGACGGUUGGUUCAUUUAUCUCUUGGCUGUGUUCAAGUUCAAUUAAAUCUCCUUGAAAAAGACAAAAUAGUUACAAAUUUAUUCAAUUAAAACAAUUUAUUUUGUAAUUUUCAAUCACACAUAGACAAAGUGGAAAAGGGUUCAUAGAAAUGUUCCUUUUUUGUGUCAUUUUCUCGGCCCUCAUGCACCAUUUUCGCUGCCUCUCCCUUUUCCCACCAUUUUUUGAGCCUUUAAAACCCCAGAAAAAUUGAAGGCUCGAUAAAGGGACUCACUUUGCUGCCUGUCUGCGACCUUUUUCGAACCUCUCCCUUUUAUCGGUCAUUAUCCAUCAUUCCGACUUUGCCCGAGUACAACUUUUUUCUGAAAUAACUCCCUGUUUCUUAGUUUUCCUACUGACAUCUCUUGAUCGAGUUAAUCUAAGUACCAGUUGGCGUUUAAUCUCUAAAGAAGAAAUUCGCAAAAAAGUUUUUCAAUGAAGAGCUGUGGGUUCUGGCUGAUUUUUCCUAAAAUUUUCCCUAUUUUUGCUUUUGAGGCUGUGAGAAGGCAACCCUGUCCGCUCUUUGGAACUUGGCCGCUCACUCGCAGGAAAACAAAAGAGCCAUUUGCGACACUCCGAACUGCCUCGCCGUCCUUUGUCGCCUUCUCACUCCCGACUCUAGAAUGACGGUAUUUUCAUUACAAUAACACUUUUGAAAUUCUAUUUUUCGGCUGAAAACACAAUGGAAAGUUUUUUCAAUGCUCUUUUCAAGAACAUUUGGAAGAUUUAGUUGAAUUAGUGACUUCUAUGAUUGCUGAACUCGGAUCUUUGAACAGUAGCCAGAAAGAGAUUAAUUUUUCGAAUCCCCAUUUUUUUAAAAAGAGAAAAAAAAAUUGAGAAAAGUCGGUAAUUGCAUUAUCCGAACUCACGGACGUUUUGAGACAUAAAGGUGCUUUUUAUGGCCUCAACGAUACUCCCCGAAAUAAAGUUCGGAAACCCUGAAAAAAAUUAUUUUUUCUCGUAAUCAGGCUAGCAUAACGCUAAUAAUUACAGGCGAUCGUCGAAAGUGCAACUGGGAUUCUGAAGUACGUCUCGCAAUACUUGCUUCACACAUCUACUCAUUUGGACGUGAGAUUCUUUUCGAAUUCAUCCUUUCUUUUCGAAAAUUCGAAAAGUUACGUUUAGGUUAAAUUGUGUAAGGGACAAAGGUUUUUUUAAGAAAUCAAAAAAGAAUUCAAAGAAAAAAGAUAUAGUCUGUUCUGAUCCAAGUUAUCGCUCAAGGAAGUGGAGUUUGCUGCUUGGAAUUCAAAAUUUGAACAGACUAUAUUUGAACUCUAAAAACGUAUAUUGGCCCUAUAGCCUUCGCCGUAGUCAUAACCGUUCGACUUUCACGAAACCUCAAGGCAAAAAUCUUGACUCAGCGUUCUCUUUGCAGAUCAGAAACGAGAUGGUUCUGAGACUGGUUCAACUACUGGGAAGUGCCUCUUUCACCAUUGUCACGAACACUUUGGGCGCCAUAUCCAAUCUUAUUUCCAAAGAUCCGCAUCUACAAGUUUGUCUUUUUUCUUGUCUAUCGAAUGCGCACAAAGCAGAGCCUUUUUAAGUUACGGUUGGGAACCAUACAUGGCCAAAUAAUUAUUGGAGGUAUCUUGAAUUUUGAGUCGUUACUACCUCCCUAAGGUUCAAAUCUGUGUCUUUUGUUGCCAAAGGUAUCUCCCUGAUCUUAUCAUUUUUAUCCGGUUUUUUGGUCCAAUUUUGUAAGUCAGCCUUUUCCUCCUAAACAAAUUGAAUCCUCUACUUGCCCGUGUAUGUUGGGAACUUCCUAAAUAUUGGCCAGAAUACCCCAUAUUGUGGAAAAUGAUGUUACUGGACGUUUCGAGGAUAGUUUUGAAAGUUUACAACUUCGUAGUUUUUGAGAAACGAGUUGUCAUAGACUGUUUUUUUUUCUUGAAAAAUGAAAAUUCAUUUAUCUAAUUGAGUAAGUGUGGAGAAAUCUUCUAACAGUGUGACCGCUUCGCGGGGCGGGGCGCCCCGACCCGGGUCGCCCCGGUCUGGUUAGCAGCUCUGGCUGUUACAUCAAGGAGUCUUUCGGCCAAUUUUCAGGGAAUUCUCGAAUGUUGUUAGUUCAGCCAUAAACUUCUCAGUUUUCCUUUGAAAUUUAUGAGCAACCGUUUUUAUUUUUCAAGAACGUUGUUCGUCACGAUGCGACCACGAUAAAUCAGCUGAAUGCGCUGCGGAAUUCUUCUAGAGACGACAUCAGAAACGCCGUGAAACAUGUCUUGAACGCCGUAAAUCAGCCCUCGGGGCACACUAGAUUCGGAGGUAAGAAGCCUUCCAGGAUACCAUCCCAUUGUGAGUUUCUCUAGAAAUGGCGUCUUCUCUCGGGGAACCAAUGAUGAUGUCAUCGUUGGGGAACGGCGCGCCGCGGCUUUUGCCUCUCCGAGCAGCUCGCGCCUCUCCUGGCAGGUCCCUCCCCUUCUUCUCAUUUUGAAUGUUAAUCGAGAAAUUCCAGAUUUGGCCUCGGGCAAUUUUCUCCAAUGACAGGUACACCUCAAAGAUCUUCUACACUUCCGCGGAACAUGGCGCAAAGUUAUGAUAAAUAUCCAAAGUUUUUUUUUUGAUUCUAACUUUGACUUUGAGCCCACGUUUUCAGCCCAAAUUUUGCACCUCUAACCAAUGGAAACUCAGAAAGAAUCAGUCAUCAACAACUAUUUCAGCAAACUCUACCGGAAAAUUCUCGGCAAGAGGUUCGUUCAAUUCAGAGAUUGUAUAACUUGAAGAAAAAUAGAAUCAUCCAGAAUCUUAGAAAUACUUUUCAAAUGCAAUUGAAUUUUUGAGAACAGUUGGGGACCUUCCAGAAAGGGCUUUUGUAGGAAUGAUUCCUACAGAAAAUCGACAAAAUAGUGUAGAAAAACUUCAAAAUAAGCUAGUAUAAGUAAAGUGGUCCAACAGGAAUUUCGGUCAGUUUUCUUCUUUUCAGGGCUCUAAUGAGACGAAACGGCUUACCGUCUCCGACGUAGGUUUUUUACUCGCUCGAUGAAAAAUUUACGCCCUUAUUUUUUUAUAUGAAAGUUAAAAUUUUGCAGAAUGAACAAGAAGACGAUGUUGUUUCUUAUGAACAAGACUUGGAAAUAUCUGAAACAGCGGGUGUGACCAGAAACAACAGCGCUCAUUCGUUGGGAAGCCAAGAUCCAGGGGUACUGUAACGAUAAUAUUAUUUUCUUUAUAAGUGGCGACUGUGAAGCAGCGGUAUUCUCACGGGAAAGAGAGAUCGAUAAUUUUUGUUUAACUAAAUAUUUUUAUAUCCAUCAACUUGGUGAAAAACAAGGAAUGUAGCAUCACAAAAGAACAUUUUAUACUGUUAUUCUUUCUAACAAGGAAGGUUAUUUUAUUAUUUUUCGCUGUUGGGAUUUUCUUAAAGUCAGAACGCUCCUUGUUGUACCAGAUGCAGAUGCUAAAAAUCUCAACCUGCUAAACUUUCUACUUUUCGAGAAAAAUGAACCUCAAGCCCCAAAACGUCCUAUUUCAAUAAAAUUUUGAACGUUUUCUUCGACUUGAAGGUGUCUUUUUUCAAAAAGUUGUGCUGGUUGAAACUUUCAGAAUUUUCUUAGAGAGCGUUCUGGCCGAUUAUCAAAGAACCGCACAGUAAAAUCACCUUUCUUGUGAGAUUUGUCUUUCAAUAAUAAUCUUGGCGAAAGAUAUAAAAGUUCAGCAUUCUUUUUUUGUGAAGUUCAAUGACAUUUCUCAUUUUCGUUUGCGAUUCUUGUAAUUUUCAGAGUUUGUUGCAAGGCAGUGGUUUUAACAGCACGAUGAACACAGCGGCGAACAGCUCGCGGAUGUCGCCGGUCUCCUUUUCGGAGCUGCCAGCGUCGCCCACCAUGUGCACCGCCUUCUACGGUCAGCCGAGCCGAGGCGGUUCGCAACUCUUCCUAAUUUUCACCAAGGAACUUUUUUCGUUGCAGGACUCGAAUCGACUGGCGUCCUGCCAAAUCAAACCGUUUUCGGCUCGUUGCAAGUGAAGACGCAGCACGGCGACGCGAGUGACGUCACGCGUAACAGUGGCGGAUCCGCGACGACCGUGACUCGCGGCGGCGACUCGACGCGAACGACGAUCAGCACCGGAAACGCCGACCCUGCCUUGCCAAGCGUCGGUUCGUUUUUCCAGCUUUUUUAGUGGCGUCCUAAGCGCCACAGACUAAAUUACUUUAUAGAAAAAUUUUGGAGGCUUUGGAAAAAUUAUUAAAUAUUUUUUUCGGAUCAAUAAAGUUUGCUCCAUCAAUAAAAUUGCCUGAGUAAAGGGGGAAAUAAGGAAGAAUAUAUCGGAGAAUCCGAAUUAUUGUUUCGAAAUUUUCUCGUUAUUUGUUCAAUAUGGCUCUACGAUUGUCUGUAGAAUGGUUUUUUGAAGCUAGCGAUUCGACGACCGCCCCACUCGAAGAUCUCAUCACUCCGAAGUACAACACGAACAAUGAAAUGUUGCGAGAUUCACUACAAACUUCCGAAGAGAUGAACUUGCCUAUCGAAACUGUCAGAAAGACGAGCGUCACCGCGUCCAACAACACAGACUUGGAUAGUCCCGGUAGGGUUUUCAAAUCUAAUGGGAGGAAGACGUGAUUUUUAAGACGAUGUUUUACCGCCUUUGGAGGACGACUAUGCAAUUCUCGAGACCAACAGCGAUUUACUGACGAAAUCCAUUCAAGAAGAGAUGCCGCAAAAGUUGGUCCCUCACGUGGAGAUGUCAAAACAGUCGGUUUCCAGCACGUUGAGUCCAGGCCGGUUCAAACAACCGCGCGCUGUUGGCGGCUUUUUGUCCAGUGUCGCUGAGUCUCCCCGUAGUCGCUAUCACACUCCGGCGUCGUCAGUUCCACCUCACCGCAAUACUACAGGUUUCAAAUAAUUUUCGAUGAAAAUAUUCCACGGCGUUUUUCUUAGUAAAAGAAAAUGCGGAAACGCUCCCAAGUGACGUCAUGGGAACGGCAGAGAAGUCGGCUCUAAGAGCGUAAAUAAGAUGUCAUAUUAAAGGCGCAGGCCAUCGUGUUGCCAGGGUCUUUGAGACGAAUUGAAUUCGCAUGUUUAUGCGCGAAAGCAACGCACACGAAACACGACACUUUACGGAGAAAAAGUGGGCGUGGCGUCGUCGAAAAAAACCAUGAUUAUAUAUACGAGUCUCCGUUUUUUUUUUUGUCUAACUGCUUAUAUGAAUCCACUGCUUGCAGAAUCGGACCGGCUCCUCAUGGAAUGCAUAAUGUCAGAAAUGCCACAAGCCUCUGGUUUCUACGGAGUUACUCCCUCUCUACCACGCCCAUCUCCUUCAAAAAACGGGCUGGCCGAUCGCCAAGAGCUCAGCGAUCGCCGGCCACUCACAACCCUUCCAGCAACUUCUCUCGCACCUAGGAGGUCCUUCAUCAUUUCUAAAAUUUUGAAAGUUUUCUGAGUAUACUGUUCGAAUGGAUUGAAUAGUUUUGGGUCGUUUAACUGAAAAUUAUAGAAAAAUCGGGUGAGACCUUGUUUAGGUUCUCUUUCAAUCUCAAAAAAAAGGCAAGGGCUUCAAAAAUGUUCCCAAAAUCGCAGAAAAGCUGGAAUCAGGGGUUGAAAAGAUGGAAAACGAUCUUUUUUGUAGCUAUAUAGAAGAUUUUUCGAAGACCUCAUUCGCCUGAGAAUAACUCGGAAUGUUUGCAGCUCACAGAUGACUUCAACUCGUUCACUCUCUGAAGAACACCAAGAUGUUGAAGCUCUUUCCCACGUUAUGCUUCAUGAAUCGGUUGAGAGGUUCGUUUGCAUCAAGGAAAUGCGGUAAAAAAGAGCUUUCGCUGCAUUUCCAGCUAUACAGUUAGGCAAAAAAACAGAACAUCGCUUUUCCGGAUUCAUUGCAAAAACUUAAAUUUUAAAGACCACUCAUUAAACUUCCAUUUAUCUUCCAAGCCAAAAAAAGACAGAAAUAAUUAGAUAAUUCAAUUGAAACUUAUUGAAAUAAGAACAAAAUUCAUAAGAACUGGUUGCUAAAUUUCCGCUAAAACCUUGAAAGCGUGAGAAAAUUGAAGGAUCAACGCCUUCAGGCUUACUAAAUAUUGCAAGUUCCACAGUUUGAUGACUUCAAAAAUUGUUAUUGCCGUGAUUAAAGUGAUCCCGUGAAAUUCAAAAUAGCCGUCAGAGAAAGAUAAAGAUAACUGAAUUUCGAAGAGCCAGAGAUAAUUUUGCACGGCAUUAGGUUCUGCUAGGUUUAUCACUACUCUUUUUCAUAAGUCUACUGAAUAGUGACAUUAUUACAGCCAGCCCGAUAGCGAGGACAGUUUUGGCUCGGGAGUCUUCUGCACGAACGAGAACGCUCUUUCCGGCGGAGGCCUGGGUCGUCCUGCUAUGGAGCUGGACAUGAGCAUCCCACUCGACUGUUACGAUGACGACGUGGAAGACGACGAGGAGAGGACCCAAGAGGCCAUCGUUUCGACAGACAUGACCAUCGACUGUUCCAUUCUUAGGUCCAUUUCUAGAGCCAACGAGAUUUCCUGUAGCUCAUCUUUUUUUGAAACCUCGUUUUUCCAUUAAGGCCUUUUUUGAUGUUCAAAUAUAACAAGAUUGUUUUGAAAAAUUAGCGAUUCAUUGGAAAUUCCUGCCAAAAAGUUUCACCGCUCAUGUUUCACCGCUCGUGGAAAAAGUUUCACCGCUCGUGGCGCGGUAACUUUCCAAUUUCACACAUCUCUAAACGCUCAUUUUGCGGUAUUUACCGAAAUCGAUCAGUGGGAAAGCCUGGAUGACCAGAGCAACCCUAGAAAUGCCGAAGUUCACAGGUGCGAGCUCCCGAACGCUCAUUUUUACCACGAUUCUACCGAAUUUCUCCCACGGGAGAAAACCUUGAGUGCCUGAAUAGUGAUCUUUAGUUUUUCUCUUUUCUAAAUAUCACCUUCAGGCAACCGCCAACUCACGGGUCAAUGUCUACCAAGUGCCAGGACUCGCGACUACGCUCCCGUGCUGCUCAUCGCGCUCUGGCCACUUCUACCCCGAAAAAUUCAUCUUCUUCCAUAACAUCGGACGUCACUUUUUUCCCGCCAAAGAAAACGCCUUUGGGGCCGAAGGCUUUUUCUUCUCGUCUACCUUUGCCAUCGUCGUCGCCUUCUCGCAAAAUUCUUCCAGACAAAGUUUGUGUGUUGCCUUUCGAAGUUUAUUUUUUUUUGUUCCAGAAAAUCUCACCUCGUACUGCAAAAAAUCCGUCAACCGUCAUUUUCCCCACAGCUGCUCAACCGAAGACGCGAAAUUUCGAAGCAACCAACAUGGCGCUGCCGACUUCGAAGGCCACAGACGCAGAGAGCAACGAAUUGGAACCUAAACGCAGCACCGAAUCUACCGUAACUACUGCGAAGUCGGCCAUGGUUUCCCCAUACAACUAUCAGAAGCCUCUCAUUGUGAGUUCUGUUCAUUCUCACUGGUUCAUGUAAAUUCAGAUUAGAGACUACCUUUCCGUUAUUUGUUUCGUAGUGUUUUGUUUCUUAUAAUCAUGGAGCACAGUUUUACAGAAAAAAAAGUUGAUUCGUAGAAACUGAGCGUUCCAUCCUUUGAUUCGAUUUUAAACAGUUUUUUCCUCUGUAAACUACUUUCAGAAUAAUGUAACUUUCUUAGGUAAAAGCUGAAUUUUCAUAGACACCAUUGAGGACCCUAUCAGCUCCCAAAGUAAAAAAACGUUUUCAGGUUUCCGAAGCAGAUGGAUCUGAGAGUAAACCUACUACCACCGUGCAGCCCAACACCAAACAGAUGCUUGUCACUACUGUUUGA